UAAUUUUCUUGUUCUGUUUUGUUUUUCUUUCUUUACAGAGAAAAGGAAACAACAGUGGUAUUAUCAGAGACCUAAGGAAUUUACGGGCCUUCCUUCUUCUUUGUUCAUUCCUUUUCUCGUGAUAUCUCUUUCUCCUGCAGGAUCAUCAUCAGUUUUUGCUUUUAUUUGUUUUUUGUACUCUUUUUAUUUUCUUUCUUCUCUCUCUCUCAUUUUGUAAAAAUAUAUUUUUGUAUCUUUAAAGCUAGACAGUACUACCAACGAGAUUGAAGAUUAUAUAUAACUGUAACCCCAUUUCUGUCCUGAAGGAACCCCGUCUAGUAGCUCUCUCUCUCUCAGAGUGUGUUCAUUUCAUUCUCAGGAAUUUUUGGUUUUUGAAACUUGCUGAGAGCGAAAGAUGAUAAGAUGAACAAAGAGUUUAAAUGUUAAAGGGGGGGAGGGAGGAAGGGUGUUGUUCAGGAGACAAAGGAUAGGACACAUAUUCCUUGAUAUACAUUUAAUGAUCUUCUGAACAAAUUCAAACUUUUUUUUUUCCUGAUUUAAGUUUGUUUGCUUCUGUGGAGGAGUGUGUCUUCAUAUUCUUCUAAGUUUGUAGCUAAAACAAAAACGCCAUUAGUAUACAGUCUCGGUUGAGAAGAAAGUUUUUAAGGAAGGAAUUAGCUAGAAAUGGGGAGUUGCGGAAGGAAUGGAUCUGUAAGGCAGUAUGUUAGGUCUAAGGUACCUCGGUUAAGAUGGACUCCUGAUCUUCAUCACUGUUUUGUUCAAGCCAUUGAAAGGCUUGGUGGCCAAGACAGGGCAACACCUAAGCUUGUUAUGCAGCUAAUGGAUGUGAGAGGACUUACCAUUUCUCACGUCAAAAGCCAUCUUCAGAUGUACAGAAGUAUGAGGACUAAUGACCAGAGCAUCAACAGCAAGGAAGAUUUAGAUAAUCCUUCUGCAGCAAGAGAACAGUACUCUUUUGAUGAUCAUGAUGGAUGCAUUGAUGAGGAAAAUGAUGUGGGUAAUUUCCUUCAAGCUUCUUCAUCAAAAUGUAUUGAGGAUACUAAUCUUCAUCAUCAAUCCCUCUACGGUUCUCUGCUCCCACCAAAAAGGCCGAGACUGGAGCUGAAUUGUUCAACAUCACAGAGUUUGCAUUGCAACGAGAGAAUGUGUGAAACAACAACAGUCACCUCCCCUUAUAAUAAUAAAGAUAUUAAUGCUAUUGGCGGCGGUGGUGGUGGUUUCAUAUUUCUUCUGCACAACCCCCAACAGCAGCAGCAGACUGGUUUUAACGUAUCUCCCAAUCCCAACAAUAGUAAUGCACUCUUCACAUCUCAUUUGGCACAUGAACAACAACAUCAUCAACUCUAUAAUCUGAACACUGCUUUGGGAUUUCCUCAUCAUCUGCAGCAAGAAUCUAAUUUCUCUAAGGUUACUCAAGGGGAAGAACUACAACAAAUUUCAUCAUUCAGAAAGCGGAAACUAGAGAGUUUAGGACCUGAUUUUCGGAUUCUUUCACUUCCUUCUCUUCCUAUUGAACGUAAAGAAGAGAAUGAAACAGGAGAUUGCGCAUUAUCACUCUCGUUGCGCCCCACUAUUCAAAGGAGUAACACAUCAUCGACAAGUGAUAUCAGCGACGUUUUUUCAAGUUCCAGAUUGAAUUUUCAAGACUGUUCUGGUUCUUCUUCUACUACUACCGCAAUGAAGAAGCAAAAUAUAAACUUGGAUCUUUCCAUCUCUCUAUGAUGUUGCACUUAGUGUAGUACGAUUUUAGCUUGUAAAAAAAAUGUCUAGCCUUUUGGUAAUUCUACUUAAAUAUUAAUCAUCUACCUAUCUUUCGUUUCUUUUUUGGUUCUUCAUUCUUGCCGCGAAAUUAUUGUGUAAUUGUUUAUAAUCUUGGAUUGCACAUUUUAUCCGGUAAUGAAAAUCUGAAGUGUAGGUGAA